AAGUGGAGAUUAACCUCAGGCUGCUGCUAAAUUUAGAUCUCUCGUAUGCAAAAUACUUGGAGCGUGUAAGAAGUGGACAUCAUCAAGUCAGCAGUAGGCAGUCGAUCUAUCGUAACUACUCCCCGAUUUAUGCGCAUCUCUGUCGUAACCAGGGUUUACAUUCAUUAGUUACUCCCAGUGAGUCCCCGACCAUUAUGAUGAUGAUGAUGAUGAUGAUGAUGAUGAUGAUGAUGAUAUUGACGAUGAUGAAGACAACGAUGAUGAAGACGACGAUGAUGAAGACGAUGAUGAGGCAUGUAGUAAAGCGCCGUGCAUGGCCACGACUUUCUAUUUCCCAGUUGUUGCUGGCUGUCGUACUUACGGCCGGAUCGUGUCGCGAAGCAACCAGCUUGACCAGUGGUUUGGCCACAAUGCUUGCCGCCGAGGCUGCAAGCCACUCCCUCUCCUCCUCCUCCUCCUCCUCGGAGCCCCCGUCAUUGCCUUCGUCCCUGGCGUUCCAAGAAGAUAAUGUAACUGGGGAUCCGACGACUCACUUGAUUGUUGAAGAUGACAGUCCCAGCCCCUGGGUCAAGGAGGGAGACAAUCUUCAUCAUCAUCCUCAUCAUCAUCGUCUUUAUCGCCAUCGCCGACAGCUUCAAGAUCAGCGAUUGCUUGAGGUACAGCGGCCACUGGAGGCCACUGGUAGUGACAUCUCUAGAGUCCUGAAGUUUGAGAUCCUCGACGAGAAUCUCCUCACACUUCGAGGCAAUCUGAUCAGCAAUUUCGUGCCCGGCAACACGUCCAUGCUUUGGUCGGACGUGUGGUCGCUGUCGCUCUCGCCGGCGGACCGGUCGUUGUUCUUCCUCGUGAGCGAUGAGUUAUGGAGGGUCGAUACCCGGCCAGCGGAAAGAGAUGGUAGUGGUAGCCUCUCUCGAGUCGCCGGACCUUGGCGUCCGCCAGGCAACGCCAACGGAUACUCUCAAGCGUUUGCAAUAAUUACGAUGGAAGGGAAAGUGCCAUCGCCCAAUAGCGCACCGAUGAACAGGAUUGCGAUAGUGGAUGAUCCCUUCAACCACUCUCUGCGUGCUGACAACGUGGACGACGGUUCGAUUCCUCCUCCGUUCUCUGUUCUGGAUUACAUGCACGUGACUCUGAACGAGUCGCCGUUUCUCAGUUUGGCAUGGGACUCGAAGCGUCGCAUCCUGUACGGAUCGACACAGAGUGCGCUGUACCGAAUGAACCUUUCCCUCAGCGAUGGAGGAGGGAAGCCCACUCUGGAGAGGUGGAUAGGUCCCGAGCAGAGUUUCACUGGUCUCAAGGACAGCAGCGACGAUCCCAGGGCUGUGCGAUUCAACGAUCCAUUCGUAAGCUCCGCUGCCAUAUCUGCGGACGGCGAGUUCCUCUACGUGGCGGACCGCUCCAAUUCAGUGAUCAGACGGGUGAGAACGGCCUCUGGAGCCGUGGAGACGGUCGCCGGCAGGGGCUCUCCGGUCAGCCUGGAUGCCCUUGGAACCGGUGCGCAGUUCGAUCGGCCCGUUGGGCUGGCCUUAACAUCCGACGGAUGCCAUUUAUUCGUUUCCGAGUUUGCAGGAGGAGCGCUGCACCUGGUCACGUUCAAGUAUAGUGGUGGUGGUGGUGGUGGUGGUGGUCCCGCUCUCAGUGUUGAAACUGUCGCGAGGACGCGUCGUUCAGACCCAGGGAGUGGGUUUUUGCUAUUGGGAAUGGCCAUCUCGCUCAAGGACGAUGUGCUGUACGUAGGGAGAACGCUGUACAGUAUUUUGGAGCUUGGGAUAAAUAAAACCGCCCUGCCUCCUAGCGGGAAAUCGGGUACUGUUCACCCUUCUUGGCAGGGGAUCUUGCUAUGGGUAACGGGAUCAGUACUUGUCUUUGCACUCGCCUCUGCCGCCGUAAUCGUGGGGAUCAUGUGGCACCGCUUGCAAUCCUGGGUCUUGCUACUCAAGUGGGGGCGGUUACCCGGCGUCCCAGUGAACCGGUUCUCCUUCCAGGAGAUCUCGGACGCGUGUAACGACUUUAGGGACCGGGUGGGGAGCGGAGGGGCAGCUGAUGUGUACAAGGGACGUCUCAGCAGCGGGGAAGUCGUGGCGGUGAAGAGAAUCAGAGAUGACUCGGAGAUGAAGUUCCGUCAGUUCGAAGCAGAGCUUGAUGUGCUGGGCAGACUUCGUCACAGCCACCUGUGCAGCAUCAUCGGCUACUGUGCGGAGCGACGGAGCACUACCAGCGUCGGCUUUGCGCAGGGAUGCUGUGGACCCCGUACACCUGGGAAAGCGGAGCUGGCGAUCAUCGUCCCCUUCGUUGAGGGAGGGACGCUUUACGACCGGUUGCACGGCUGCCCGACGGCCUCCUCCUCGACUGCCGGCGCUGAGCCUUCCCAUAGCCACGAGGGGGAGGAUGACACAAGCCGCACAACACUCAGCUGGCCAGACAGAGUCUCCAUCGCUCAGCAGAUCGCCAGAGCACUGCGCUAUCUUCAUCAAGAGGUAGACCCCCCCAUCUUUCACAGAGACGUCAAGUCCAAGAACGUGCUGCUAGAGGACGUAACGGCAACGGAAGGGGGGCGGGGAGGGAAGGGGAAAGAGGUAGUGCGUUCGACGUCGGGAGUGAGGGCUUAUCUUUCGGACUUCGGGCUGGCGAAGCUGGGAAACAGCGUUUUCCGUCAGCCGCCGUUAGGCUCGAGCGUGGAGACGAACCACGUGGCAGGGACGUUCGCGUACAUAGCGCCUGAGUACCACACCGUCUGCCGACUAACGGACAAGAAUGAUGUUUAUGCUUUCGGGGUAGUCCUCUUGGAGCUGGUGACGGGUAGAAAACCGUUCAGUGAUUCAUGGCCUGCUCCGAACUUCGAGGCAAGGAGGUCCGUGAGGGUCCAGGGGAGGAAGGAGAUGGAAAACCUGGCGGAGCAGCAGCAGCAGGAGGAGGAGGAGGAGGAGAUGGUGCAGCAAAUUGGACCGAUGACUCUUGCGUGCUGGGUGACCAGAUGCCUCGGAGGUCCUCCCCUCCCCUCCCCCCCCCCCCCCCCCCCCCCCCCACAGCAGAGACUGGGACGAAUCGGGAGAAUCGGUACUGCUAGCACCAGUAAACAACACAAACACUGGGGAAACGACCAUGCGAGGGAUUCCGGAGGAGGAGCGGAUUCAGAAGAUUGCAGAUGCGAGGCUCCAUGAUGAGAAAGGGAGCAAUGUGCGCUGGAGUGCUGUUUACCGAAUGGCAAAACUGGCCAUGGAAUGCAUCUCGGAGGAACCGGAGCAGCGACCGAAG